CGGUAGGGAGGCAUCGCGAAGAUAGCGACGAGGCUGCAGCGUGUGUGUUUGCGAGGAAGAGAGAGGGAGGGAGACGAGGGAGACAAAGAACCGGAGACGCAUUUGCCUUCAGUCUGGACAGGAAGACAAGCAACACCACGCGCGGGAGCCCCGCCGCGUCUUCUCUUGUGUGAAGACCUACCAAGAAGGGGGCGGCCUCUUUGGCUUUUUUGGUAGCGGUUACAUCUGUUGCGGACAGACUUGAGCGUGCCAAUGGCUGACGACGCGGGCGUGACUGCUCCGGCAGUGGCAGACGGCGGCUUGCCGACGGCGGCGGUCGAUGACGCUCCGCCGCCCCUGGAGGAGGAGAAUAAUGCUGCGAAUGGUAGCGACGGCGCUGAAGCAGCAGCGGCGGCAGCGGCAGCCGCCGGGGCCGUGACGGUUAACAUCAAGACUCUGAACGGCCCCGACUUCGAGCUGGCCGUUGCCCGCGAUGAGCUGGUGUCGGAGCUCAAGACCAAGGUCCGGCAGCAGACCAACGUGGAUGAGGUUGCGCAAGAUAUCACGCCCCCUAUACCGGUUUUCGAAGCUUGAUCAUUCGGCACGAAAUCCAGCGACGGUGACGAAAAUGGCGGCGUUGGAACCGCUGCGUUCAAGAGCUUUCCGAAAAACAUCAAUUGGUUUCGGCAUCCUCUUCGUCGUGGAGAAAUCGAGCUUUGAAAUCGGUCCGGGGUGUGUGAUAUCUUACGCACCCUACGGCACAUGCCCCGUCGACUUUGCCAAGCGCUUGCGUUAUGGAGGUCUUGAGACAAUACUAAUUUACGGAAACAGCCGGCGCCUGCGACCCAGGGCACGGAACAACCCCGACACGCAGCCAUGGUUGCAGUUCGCUGACGACGCAAUGCCACAAGAUAGUGUCGGUUCCUAAAAUCUGCUGUUUUUAUUUGUACCACAACUCCGAGACAACGCCAUGGGUACAAUUAUCUGACACAAUAUCAGAAGGGAAUCCCGUUGUUUCUCAACGCCGAACGUUUUUUUUUAUGUGCCCCAUGAACUCCAAGAUAAAGUUACGGUUACGAUUCGCUGACGCCGUGUCUGAAGGGAACCUCGGUGUUCCUCUACGUGCAGAAGGUGCUUUUUUUGUUGUCCCUGUAACUCCGU